AGCAGACACUUGGGUGCAGUCGUGAGGGCCGAGGCUCUGGUAGAAAAAAGCCUCCCUUCACCCUCCUCCCUGCAGGAUGGGUAGGGCAGGGUGGGCCGGCAGGCUAGGAGUGCCUUGACGGAAAGGAAGGGCCCGCGCACCCCCGGGACACGAGCUGGGGCUUGUCCCUCCAGGCCUUCCUCUGCCCCAAGAGGCCCUCCCAAAGGUGCCCACUUCCCAGCGCUCCUGUGGGACCUGGAGAAAAACUUGCUUACAGUUAAGCUCAGUCUUCUGCACUGUUAGGAAGGCCCUUCGCUCUUCCCAGAGCCAGAAAGGAGUAGAUUUGGGGUUGGGAUUUCCCAACUCAUACAUCCAUUCAUUCCUUCAACAGGUUGUGAGUGCCUGCUGUAUACCAUGCACUGUGCCAGGCACUGAGACUUUGGCUGCAGGAGGGAAGGGCCAAGCUGGAAGUUUGAAUGGGCAGUCAUAGUUAAGACUUGAGGGGAAGGGACCAAACUCACCUUGUGCAUAGUGUCAGGGAGGCGACCCAAGGAUGACAUCAUAUGAGGGCCUGGGAGCAGGGAAGAAAGCUAGCUGGGUGCAGUGCAGUUUGCGUAUCAGGGGUUAGGAGGCAUGGAGCAGGGCUGGUGGGAGGCUGUAUCUUCAGACAGGGAACAGCAUUCAAAGGCUUCAGGUGAGAGGGAGCAUGGCUCCCUAGGAAUGAAUGCAUUUCAUCACCUGGAAGAGUAGAAACUGCAGGCUAGUGAAAGAUGAAGCUCGACAGAGGUUCCGGUUCUGUGGUGACCUGGACUGUCCUGACUGGGUCCUGGCAGAGAUCAGCACGCUGGCCAAAAUCUCCUCCGUGAAGCUGAGGCUGCUGUGUAGCCAGGUGCUGAAGGACCUUCUGGGACAGGGGAUUGACUAUGAGAAGAUCCUGAAGCUCACCGCUGAUGCCAGGUUUGAGUCGGGUGAUGUGAAGGCCACAGUGGCAGUGCUGAGUUUCAUCCUCUCCAGUGCGGCCAAGCAUAGCGUGGAUGGCGAGUCCUUGUCCAGUGAACUGCAGCAGCUGGGGCUGCCCAAAGAGCAUGCAGCCAGCCUGUGUCGCUGUUAUGAGGAGAAGCAAAGCUCCCUGCAGGAGCACCUGCGGGCCUGCAGCUUGCGAGUGAACAGGCUGACAGGCGUGGGCUGGCGGGUGGACUACACCCUGAGUUCUAGCCUGCUGCGGUCCGUGGAAGAGCCCAUGGUGCACCUGCGGCUGGAGGUGGCAGCUGCCUCGGGUGCCCCGGCCCAGCCUGUUACCAUGUCCCUCUCAGCAGACAAGUUCCAGGUCCUCCUGGCAGAACUGAAGCAGGCCCAGACCCUGAUGAGCUCCCUGGGUUGAGAAGAAGAGCUCACGGGGCCCAUGUGGAGCUGCCCUCCGAACUUCUCUUCAGGGGCUGCCCCAGCUCCAGGACCCUAGGGGCCUGGCCUCCUGCAUGUCUGGCUUCCUAGGUUACCACCUGAGAAUUCAGCCUAGGGAUCCUGAACACUCUUGCAGCAUUGUCUUCCCUCCCCCAUGAAAGGCACAUGUCAGUGGUUUUCAUGAGAAGGAAGAAUAAACAGAGGUGUAAAGAAGUGUGUGCAUGGAUUUCUUUUGGGUUCAGAUCAGAGGUUUUCAGGAGAGAGACCAAGUGACAUACUGACCUCCCUGACCUAUUGCACGUUUUCUUUUUUCUUUGCUCAGCUGCUGAUUGAGGCAGGUCAGGGUUGAGGCAGAACGAGAGCCAAAAUGAAACAGCUUGUCUGUAGACAGGAAAAUCAGGGUUCUAGCUCCCAGUCCUAUGAUGCUCUUGACUCUGCCCUCUCUGUGCUGGCCCUGUCCUUAGGCUGGCAGCAAGUGGUUGGCCCCAACACCAGAUACCCCAGGUAGAGAAAGGAGAGAGCCCUUGCCUCUCUGUCAUCUUCUUUAGGAAGAGAGAAGGCCCAUGCCGGAACCACUCACUGGCAAGUGGAAUGGGAUAAUGGGCUGAAUGUUUGUUUGUGAUGCACCCAUUCCCCACCCCCUGCCAAAUUCAUAUGUCUAAGCCCCCACUCCCAGUGAGAUGGUUUUAGGAGGUGGGGCUUUGGGGAAUAAUUAAGUUCAGAUGAAGUCAUGAGAGUGGGACCCUUGUGAUGAUUAGCACUCUUA